AGCACAGUUGUGGAAGUGGAUGGCUGUGGGCAGAAAGGAUCCUGUAGCAGUCAGUGUUGCUGUUGCUGCAUAACAGUUCUCACAAGAAAGAUGUUUGGCAUUGUUGCUAAUUUUCUUGAUUUUUAUGAAGAAUCCUUCUUUGCACAGUCAUCUCCGCAGGCUCCAGUCGUCUCAAGAACAGAAGCAGCCUUUUCUUCUGCAAACCUUGAAGGUUAAGAAACAAUUAAUGGUAUAAAUAUUGACACUUUGUCAAUAUUUUGUGUCAUCUCUUUUUACUUUGGACGAAUGAAGAUUUUGUGUCUCGUGAAUCUCAGUCAGACUUUGUCAGUGUUUUUUUGUCUUUUUAUUUAACCUUUUUUUGAAAUCCUUUUUUAUAUCUACCUUUACCACCAGUAGAUGUGGUACCUUUUUUAAAAAAAGGAAGCUUAUUUGUUAAAUCCAGCAUAAGAUUACUUGCUAAUGCAAUAGAUCUUUCAUCUGAAGACUUCACACAUCUUUACAAGGUGUGACCUCAAAAUUAGGUACACCAAAAACAAGGUGGUGUUUUUUUUUUUGUUUGUGCAAAGUUAUCUUGACAACAACAUUCAAGGAAAUGCCAAUCAUAGAACAAACAUGUUUAUUGUGAAUGCUUAAGAAUAGCACAGUGAAGUAUACUUGGAUUUUGAAAGCAUAAAGGGAAGUGUAAGACUAUGUACAUUAAUACUAAAGCGUAUAUUUGUACUUUGGUAUAGGCUGUUAUUUUUAACUUAUUUCUGUCUGUUACUUAAAAUAUCUUGAUCCACAUACAACAUAAGCUGAUGCCAUUGACUCAUGUCGGAAUAAGUUUUUCACUACACACUGAUUCCUUCAAUUUCUUCCAUAUGAUGUUUUUUGUAUCUAACUACGUCUCUCUAAUGUUUAAGCACUUUCAGCCAUUUAAAUAUAAAUAUUUACCUUUUUUAGGACAUGCAGGCUACAGCUUUUCUUAUAACUUUUUAAAAAGUGUCCUAACCAUCACACUACCAUCAUGGUGUUAUUGUUUUUUAUUUUAUUUUCUGAAAUGCUAUGUUAGUGUUACACCAGAUGUAACAUAAACCUCAACUUUCAUAACUUUCACAAUCAACUGCUUCUCAACGAUACUAUUUUCCUAAAGCUAUUAGAUUCAACAUAUCGCAUUACAGAGAAUGCAACAGCUCUAAUUUUUUUUUUUUACUAAGCUUUUCUUUUAUCACAUCAAACGGUAGUCUUGCUUCCAGCAUUUCAGUCCACUAGGUGGCGCCACCUCCCAAAUACUGAUAUGUUUAACUCUUUGUCUCACUAACACAGAGGUUCUCAGAAAAUCUUUGGGAACCACUGCACUAACAGAUAACAAGUAAUUUGUUGUGUUGAAAGAAAACUGCAAUUCUUUUUCGGAAACUUCUGGGUUUAAUCAAAACCAGCAAUUUGCCCACUUCUCCAGUUGCUGUGAUGGCCACAAAAAAAAAAAAAAUCAGUAAGAUGUUCCAAAUAGUAGAAAUAUCCUUUAUUAUCCCAGAUUAGGGUGAAUUCACAAGUUUAUCUAUAAAAAGCAGUUUUUGUGGAAAAAUAAGUAGGAUCAAAAAAGUAUAUUUUUUAUUAAUUUGCAUGUUUUCCCCAAACAGCCAAGCAGUGGUGUGUUUUGGAAGAUAUUUUGGAGCAGGGAACAUUGAGGAAGGGUGGGGGGAAAGUGAGAAGCAGAUAAGAGGCCAGGGGGGAACGCUUAUGACAGUUUUCUUAAAGUUUGUUUUGGAGUAGACUCACUGUUUACUUAUGGGUUAAGUGAAUUGUUAGAGGAUGGAGAUUUCCAGUCAAAGCAGAGUCAGGAAAUGUGUCUGCAGAGACACUUGAGUCUACAUCAGAUGCAGUCCUUUAUUCAAAUAAGCCGUUUAAAGACACGAUGUGGCUUCGGACAUAUCAUUUAAAGGAUGUUCUUUAAAAUGCCUGUGAUUUUUUUUAAUUUUUUUUUUUAGAGUUUGAAUGUCUAAAAGAUCUAUCCUGACCACAGCAUCACCAUCCACAAUGACUGAAGAUACUUGGAUGAUACACAGAGCAUUCAGAAAGUAUUCACAGUGCUUUAGUUUCCCCACAUUAUUCCAAAUGUCAUUGAAUUAAUCUCUUUCCUCAAAAUUGUACUCACUAAUAUCUCAUUAUGACAACAGAAAAACAGACAACCAAAAACAAAUACACAUUUGCAUUCGUAUUCACAGCCUUUGCUUAAUACUUGGUUUAUGAAGUUCAAGACUGAGCUGUUUUCACUGAUCUUCCUUGAGAUGUUUCUAAAAGAUGGAGUGAACCUGUGGUAAAUUCAGUUGAUUGGAUUUGAUUUGAUUUGUUAAAGUACACUCCUGUCCAUAUGAGCUCCCACAGUUAACAGUGCAGGUCACAGGUCAAACACCAACCAUGAAAUCAAAGGAAUUGUCUCAAGACCUCUGAGACAGGAUUCUCUUCAGGCACAAAUCUGGGGAAGGAUCUAGAGACAUUUCUGCUGCUUUGAAUGUUCCCAUGAGCUCAGCUGCCUCCGUCUUUGGUCGAUGUAAGAAGCAUGGAACUAGCAGGACUCUUCCUAGAGCUGGCCGUCUAAAUUCAGCAACCAGAGGGGGAAGAGCUUUAGUCAGAGAGGUGACCAAGAGCCCAAUGGUCACUCUGUGAAAGCUCCAGCAUUCCACUGUGGAGAGAGGAGAACCUUCCAGAAGGAUAAUCAUCUCUGGAGCAACAAACCAAUCAGGUCUGGAUGGGAGAGAGGCCAGAUGAAAGCCACUCCUUAAUAAAACAAAAAUGGCUGCCCAUUGGGAGUUUAACAAACAGGCACCUGAAGGAAUCUCUGACCAGGAGAAACAAAACAACACAAACUUCUGUGGCCGAUAAGAGAAAGACUCAACUCUUCGGUGUGAAUGCCAGGCAUCAUGUUUGGAGGAAACCAAUUCUUACAGUGAAGCAUGGUGAUGCCACCAUCAUGCUAUGGGAACUGGCAGACCAGUCGAAUGCAGUGAUGUACAGAGCACAUCCUGGAUGAAAACCUGCUCCUUCUUGACCUCAGUCUGGGGAAACGGUUCAAUGUCCCUCAGGACAACGACCCAAAGCACAAGGCCGAGAUCUCAAAGACUUCAGAACCACUCUGGGAAUGUUCUGGAGAUGCCAAGCCAGCCCAGAGUCCAAACUUAAUUAAUUGAACAUCUUUAGAGAGAUCUGAAAAUGCCUGCACAGGCGUCUCCAUCCAGCCUGAAGAAGAAUGAACCAAACUGGCUUCAUAUAGGUGAGCUAAGCUGGAGGCAUUAUAUUAAAAAAAAAUGUUGAGGCUGUUUUGAUGUCCAAGCUGGAUGAACAAAGUCUUAGGCAACAGCUGUGAAUACUUGCAUAAAUGUGAUUACUUGGCUUUCUAUUUUUAAUAAAUUAGCAAAAGUCUCAAAAAUCAUUGUCAUAAUGAGGUUUUGGUGUGCAGAAUUUUGAGGAAAGAGAAUAAUUUGAUAUGACUUAGAAUGUGUGUGUGAAUGCUCUUCGGAUUGGACUGUAUCUACCAAAACUUCAUGGGAAAAGUGGUUAAGUGUUUUAUACUUACAAAUGUCAAAUUAGAUUAAAUUGAACUGUUCCUCCUUAAGUGAAUCGGUUGGCACAGUCCGUCUUCAUGAAGUCGGAGCUUAAAACCAGAGCGCUCCUUCUCUUUUCUCUUGGAGAGGUGACAAUCUGAUGCCAGAGACACAGUCGUGAUGCUUCACUGGCAAAGAUCAGAGCAGGUCCUGCAGCCUGGUGUUUACCAGAACGGACCAGAGGAAGUCUGAUAGUCAUCUCACAGGAUGUAACACUAUUUUUUUCAUCAGGGGUCUCAAUAUCUCUCUCCCUCUCAUGCAUGUUCAUUUCUACAUGCUUUCAUGCAUCGUGCAAGACAGUGACGCACGUAAGGUUGACUUGUCCCGAUGUAACCCAGCAACACACACACACACACACACAUUUUGUCUGCUUCUCAGCAGCGGUCUUUCCUAUUGCCAAUUGACCCUGAUGAUUACAAGCCAGAGGUCUCAGGGGCUAAAACAAUUCAGACACGCACAUGGUAUCCUGUGAUAGAUCCAGUAUUAACACCUGACACCUCGAAAACAGGAAAAAAGCCAGCAGACAGAUGCUUUGGGGUGUUUGGAGGUGGAGCAUGAGCACGGCUAUAAAAACCCUGAGAAGGAAGUCUUGGCUUCACUCUGAUGAGAAGGGAGACCGCCUCCAUCAUGUCUUACUAUGAGCAUGUCUACCUUGACUUCAACGACACAGGCUCUGGUUCUGGCUUCUGGGACGACGGAGAGAACCUGGAAGAGUCUUGCAAUGUGGAGCACGGGAUGACCGCCGAGCUUCACCGGGUCUUCUUGCCCGUGGUCUACGCCAUAAUCUUCGUCUUGGGCAUAACCGGAAACGGUCUGGUGGUCGUGGUGUUGGGCUGCCAGCGCAGGUCAAAGUGCAGCCUGACAGACUGGUAUCGCCUCCAUCUCUCUGCUGCCGACCUCCUCUUUGUUCUGGCUCUUCCCUUCUGGGCAGUGGAUGCAGCUUUGGAUGACUGGCGCUUUGGAGGGGCCGCUUGCAUCGGCGUGCACGUGAUCUACACCGUCAACCUGUACGGCAGCGUGCUCAUCCUGGCGUUCAUCAGUCUGGACCGCUACCUGGCAGUGGUCCGAGCAACCGGCACAAACACCGGUGGGCUGAGGCAGCUGCUGGCACACAAGGCGGUGUAUGUAGGUGCUUGGUUGCCUGCUACCCUGCUGGCUGUCCCGGAUAUGAUAUUUGCCCGGACUCAGGAAGGCGGAGAGGGCGCCACCGUGUGCCAGCGCUUCUACCCCGAAGAAAACGCUCCCGUCUGGGUGGCCGUCUUUCACCUUCAGCUGGUCCUGGUGGGCCUGGUGAUCCCUGGUCUGGUCCUUCUUGUGUGCUACUGCGUCAUCGUCUCCAGGCUGACCCGGCCAGGCCCGUUGGGGGGCCAGAGGCAGAAGCGGCGGGCGGUCAGGACCACGAUCGCCUUGGUUCUGUGCUUCUUCAUCUGCUGGCUCCCUUACGGAGCGGGAAUCUCCGUGGACGCGCUGCUGCGUCUGGAGGUCCUGCCCCGGUGCUGCAGGCUGGAGGCGGCUUUGGGCGUGUGGUUGUCUGUGGCGGAGCCCAUGGCGUUCGCGCACUGCUGCCUAAACCCGCUGCUCUACGCGUUUCUGGGGGCCGGGUUCAAGAGCUCGGCCCGCAGGGCCCUGACUCUGAGUCGGGCCUCCAGUUUGAAGAUUUUACCCCGGAGACGCAACGGGACUUCAAUGACACCCGAGACGGAAUCCUCCAGUUUACAUUCCAGCUAAGGUCUCUCCGAGCUGCGCUGUGUUCUGUACAUAUUAUGUGAUAUAUGUAAGAAAGUUUAAAGAAAUUAUGAGAAUAAUGAGGUGGAGUCUGCUGGUCCAUGACUUCUCCUUCUCUGUAGAGUUUCACUUGUAAAUAUUAUUCAUAUACCUGUGUUUAGUGGCGCAAAAAAAAUGGACAUGCACCAUAUCCCUUAUGUAAAAUGAUUUCUAGUCAGUAUUUUCUGUAUUUAACAGCUGUUGGUGCAUGAUGUGAUCUAUUGCACUUUCUACACUUCAGAAAGUGCAAAGUUGCGCCCCUGUCUGUGUACAUACUGUAGCUUUGUACAUGUUUCUAAUAAAAUAUACAAAACCAA